CCGUUUCAUUAAUUGGUGUAAACUACAAUAUCUCUUGGUUUGGCUGUAACUAAAAUACUGGGCAGGUGUUUUUGUUUAAAGAUUUAAUUGUUAAAGGCUUGGUUGUUGUUGUUGAUGUAUAAUAGAUAUCAGUGUUCAGGUCUUUGUAAACCCAUUUCACUGUGUGAGCAACACCUUUUGAAGUUGAAAUUAUGCAAUGCUUUGCUAAGUUUAAUUGAUAUUUGUUGAACAGGAAAAAAUGACAAAUGAGCAUAUGACGAGCAUUGAGACAGAUUAUGAAUAUGAAGAUUGCAAUAGUUCCAAGCGCCCAAAAAUGACUUCUAAAGUAUGGGAAGAAAUGCAGCGAAUUCAAACAAGUGAUGGUAGUAAAGUUUUGUGCAAGCACUGUGGAAAACGGUUGCAAGACAACUGUGGAACUUCUCAUUUGAAGCGUCAUUUGAUCAUAUGCCCCAAGCGUCCAAAACCAAUGGAUAUUGUUACUCGGGAUUCAAUGGCUUCAGUGUAUUUCAGAGGUCCCAGUCGUGUCAAAGAAUCUGGAUUAAACACAGCCCUUAUGGUUCGCCCGUUAAAGGUUGAACCUGAAUCCCAAGUCACAAUUUUUUCUCCAUCUCCAAAUAUGCGAGCUUCUACUGCUAUUGCAUCUAUUGAAAGUGCUCCUAGUCCUGUAGAAGAGCUACAUCCAAAACCCAGUUCCUCUAUUUUGCUGUCUAGCAUUGAAUCUCCCAAGAAUCAAGGGGGGGAAUUGACUCUGGAUGAUGUAGAAAUGAAAGCAUUUUAUGCUUCUCUUGACGCCGAAACCUCAGUUAUGUCUCCUUCCCAGGAUACCCCAGUCAUUACUGAAUUAUCAUCCAAUACCACUCCUUGUGAAGAGACUAAGAAAGCAUUGAAAACCCUUGAAGACCUUCUCUCCAAAGACUUCUCUGUUCUAUUGCAGAGUGGACAAUCUUGUACCAUCAAAUCCACCAUAGAGUACCUAUCCAAGUUGUCUGCAGAUGAUGGAAUCUCUGCAGAAAUGAGGCUGUUGAUAUUAGAAGUUUCUAGAGAAUUCACUCGCCGGAGUUGUGACUACAACGAUGCGAGUAGGAAAAUAGAGUCUGCGAGCACCAACAUCUCGAGAGCAGAUAAACUAGAAGAGAGUCUUGAAGCUAACAAGAACGAGUUCAAGGAAGUUUCAUCCUUGGAAAAUGAGUUAAGCAACCAGCUAUCAUGUUUGGAGCAAAGAAAGAAAGAGCUAGAAGAGCAAAUAAAUGCAAUUAAAGCUAACAUUUCUGUUUUUCAAUCAGCUAAGAUCGCAAGUACUAAGAGAAAAAGGGAAGUUUUUGAAGAAGCAAAGACUCUCAAAGCACAAAGAGAUGAUUUGAGGGAACAAGUGCCUCACCUGAGAGUUGACUGGGAAGCAGCCAAGAAAAUUCAAGCAAAUAUUCGAGUUGAAUGGUCAAAGCUUGGUGAAAAAUUCAACAAAAUCUUAAAUGAGAUAAAUUGUGAGGCCUUGGAUGGUAAAUCCAUUCAGGUUUGUCAACAAGAAAGUGGAAAUUAACAAACUAAAUUUCGAUUUUAGUUAGUGUCAAUACCUUAUACCAACUCCAUGAUGAGCUAAACUGAGCUCUGACAUUUGUUAUACCUCUGGUAAAAAAUGAACAUUUUACUUUUGAUUUUAAUUUCAUGAUCUUAUCUAUAAAAAAAUAAAAUAAAAAUGCUC